UCUUGGUUGGGGGAAGCUGCGGACCUCUCCCAGCGCCUGGGCUCCUAGGCGGGAUGUCGUCGCCUUUCUCAGUCAGGGCCUUCCCUGUCAGCAUCCCCGCGGUGAUCAUGGAGACAGACUGGACAGAGCCUUGGCUUCUAGGGCUCAUCGUCUUCCACCUGCUGUGUCUGCUUCUCACGUGCUUCUCAACGCAGAGGUAUAAACUACAGAUUGGGCACUUCCUGUGUCUGACAGUGUUAGUCUAUUGUGCUGAGUAUAUCAAUGAAGUGGCUGCAAUGAAUUGGAGAUUGUUUGCAAAGUAUCAGUAUUUUGACUCCCGGGGAAUGUUCAUUUCUCUCGUGUUCUCAGCACCACUGAUGUUCAAUGCCAUGGUCAUAGUGAUUAUGUGGGUACGGAAGACUUUGAAUGUGAUGACUGACCUGAAAACCUUACAAGAGAAAAGAAAGGAGAGGAACAGGAGAAGAAAAGAAGAGUAAUGCCUCACUGCUGCUGUCGCCGCUGC